AUGGCGAACUCCGGCGAAAAGAAGAAAGGGCCGAGGGCUCUAGUGGGCGAGGAGGCUUGGGGAGAGGCUGGUGAGAGUAAAAAGGCCGGCCCAAUAGGCCCCAGGGGGUACGCGGAGGCCGCACUAUCCUCCUCUUGUACGCCGCCCCAAAUCAUCCCGCCUCCUCCCUUCAAACUUCAAAACCCGAAAGGUGGUCGCCGCCUCCGCCGCAGCCGCCUCACCCGGAUCCCGCCGGCGCUGGGGAGAGCUUUCCUCUUCGGCACAGAUCUGAACGCGGACCGCUAG